AUGAUUAAACACACUGUGCAAUGCAAUGGAGCGAACACUACAAUGUUCCCCGUGCCCCGGUACCGUCCCCUUUCUUCGAUGAACCAGGCGCAUGAACGCUGGGCGAGAAGGGGAGACGCUUCGGUGAUCAGUAUUGCUUUCGAUAUAGGGGUAGGUGGUGGAAGAGGAGGGGGGAAAGGAGUGGCAGGUGGGAAGGGGGGUGUUGGAUGUUCGGGGCUGAAUAAAAACAAUGCUUUCUUGGAGGCUCCCGAG